AUGGACCUAAAAAUAAAAAAUCUGGAAUAUCCAAAAUCAUCACGUCUACCACGUGACUGUUUAAGCAAUUUGCUUCACUCAUUUGGCUACUUGGAAUUACUGUUGCCAAUUUGCACACACACUAUUCUUUCAGCUGUAGCACCCUUUCGGUGCCUAGCUGUCAUGCCACCUGAACGGAGCACGAGGGCUGGGAUACUGCUAGGUUGCCCAAGCCUAGACAGGGGAAGUCGAUAG